AUGACUGGAUAUACGAUGUUGCGGAAUGGGGGAGUGGGGAAUGGAGGCCAGCCGUGGGUGUUGAGAUGGUCCAGUCGGAUCCGGCUCACCUGGCUUAGUUUCACCCUCUUUGUUAUCCUUGUCUUCUUUCCCCUCAUUGCCCACUACUACCUAACCACCAUCGACGAUGCGGACGAUGCCGGCAAGCGCAUCUUUGGCCCUCGGACCGGCAACGAGCUGUGUGAGGUGAAGCAUGUGCAGGACCUGUGCCGCAUCCGUGAGUCGGUCAGUGAGGAGCUGCUCCAGCUCGAGGCCAAGCGGCAGGAGCUCAACAGUGAGAUCGCCAAGCUCAACCUGAAGAUCGAGGCCUGCAAAAAGAGCAUUGAGAAUGCCAAGCAGGACCUGCUGCAGUUGAAGAACGUCAUCAGCCAGACUGAGCAUUCCUACAAAGAGCUGAUGGCUCAGAACCAACCCAAGCUCUCCUUGCCCAUCCGGCUGUUGCCUGACAAGGACGACGCGACCUUCCCCCUGCCAAAAUCCAACCGGAACUGCAGGCUACACAACUGCUUCGACUACUCACGCUGCCCGUUGACAUCUGGCUUUCCAGUCUAUGUCUACAACAGCGAUGAUUUCCCUUUUGGUAGUUCCUUAGACCCUUUAAUCAAACAAGCCUUUGAGGCGACUGUCAGAACUAAUGUUUAUGUUACUGAAAAUGCAAAUAUUGCUUGUGUGUAUAUAAUUUUAGUGGGGGAAAUGCAAGAGCCUGUAAUGCCAAAACCUACUGAACUAGAGCAACAGUUGCACUCUUUGCCAUAUUGGAGGACUGAUGGACAUAACCAUCUCAUCAUCAAUUUAUCGAGGAAAUCGGAGACUCAGAACUUCAUUUACAACAUCAGCACAGGGCGCGCCAUGGUUGCCCAGUCCACUUUUUACGAUGUGCAGUAUCGACCAGGGUUUGAUAUUGUGGUGUCGCCUCUGGUCCACGCUAUGUCCGAACCCAAUUUCCUAGAAAUCCCACCCCAGGUGCCGGUCAAGCGUAAAUACCUGUUUAGUUUCCAGGGGGAAAAGAUCGAGUCUCUCAGAUCCAGCUUGCAGGAGGUUCGCUCUUUCGAGGAGGAAAUCGAAGGCAAUGCCCCAGCUGACUACGACGAUCGCAUCAUCACCACCUUGAAGGCUGUUCAGGACAGCAAGUUGGACUUUGUUUUGGUGGAGUUCACAUGUAAGAACCAGCCUAAGGCGAGUCUGCCCACUGAGUGGGCUCUGUGUGGAGAAAGGGAUGACAGACUAGAGCUACUGAAGCUAUCUACUUUUGCACUGAUAAUCACCCCCGGGGACACCCAUUUAGUGAUCUCCGCUGGGUGUACCAUGAGACUGUUUGAGGCUCUGGAAGUCGGAGCCAUCCCGGUGGUUCUUGGAGAGCAAGUUCAGCUACCCUACAACGAUGUGAUCCGGUGGAACGAGGCAGCCUUAAUUAUACCAAAGCCACGUAUCACAGAAGUGCACUUUCUUCUGAGAAGCAUUUCUGACAACGAUCUCCUUGCCAUGAGGAGGCAGGGCCGCUUCUUGUGGGAGACCUAUUUCUCCACCUCUGACAACGUCUUCAGCACAGUCUUAGCUAUCAUAAGGACUCGAAUCCAAAUCCCGGCUGCUCCUAUCCGAGAAGAACCUGCAGUGGAGAUUCCCCACCGGUCUGGCAAAGCUGCUGGUACUGACCCCAAUAUGGCAGACAACGGUGACCUGGACCUGGGGCCUGUGGAAACAGAACCACCCUAUGCAUCUCCCAAAUAUCUCCGCAAUUUCACCCUCACUGCAAUGGAUAUCUACAGGAAUUGGAAUUCCGCUCCGGGGCCUUUCCACCUCUUCCCCUACACUCCCUUUGACCCCGUUUUACCAUCAGAAGCAAAAUUUUUGGGGUCUGGGACUGGAUUUCGACCAAUUGGUGGAGGAGCAGGUGGCUCUGGGAAGGAGUUCCAGGCUGCUUUGGGUGGCAACGUCCCCCGGGAGCAGUUCACGGUGGUGAUGUUGACUUAUGAGCGGGAGGAAGUGUUGAUGAACUCCCUAGAAAGGCUCAAUGGUCUCCCGUACUUAAAUAAAGUUGUGGUAGUGUGGAACUCUCCCAAACUUCCCUCCGAGGAUCUUUUGUGGCCAGACAUCGGCGUCCCAAUCAUGGUUGUCCGCACGGAGAAGAACAGCCUGAACAACCGUUUCCUGCCGUGGGACGAGAUCGAGACGGAGGCGAUCCUGUCCAUCGACGACGACGCUCACCUGCGCCACGACGAGAUCAUGUUCGGCUUCCGCGUGUGGAGAGAGGCGAGAGAUCGCAUCGUGGGCUUCCCUGGCCGCUACCACGCCUGGGACAUCCCCCACCAGUCCUGGCUCUACAACUCCAACUACUCCUGCGAGCUCUCCAUGGUACUCACUGGUGCUGCCUUCUUCCACAAGUACUACGCCUACCUGUACUCCUACGUGAUGCCGCAGGCCAUCCGCGACAUGGUGGAUGAGUACAUCAACUGUGAGGACAUCGCCAUGAACUUCUUGGUCUCCCACCUGACAAGGAAACCUCCCAUCAAGGUGACCUCCCGCUGGACGUUCCGCUGUCCGGGCUGUCCCCAGGCUCUCUCGCACGACGACUCGCACUUCCACGAGCGACACAAGUGCAUCAACUUCUUCGUCAAGGUGUAUGGCUACAUGCCCCUGCUCUACACGCAGUUCCGCGUCGACUCGGUCCUCUUCAAGACACGCCUGCCCCACGACAAGACAAAAUGCUUCAAGUUCAUCUAG